CGCAACAUCUGUCGGUAGCUGCAAGGGAUCCCCGUCGGUCUCACAUUCGGUCUUAGUAUUCCGCACAUGAAUCUUGCAAGCUUUGUCCUCUUUAUCAUUUACGCGUUCCUCUUCCGCCAGUCGCGCGGUGAGUUUGGUGUUGCGCGCCAGGCAUCCAUCGAAGCCGAAGGACCAGACAACCUAGAAGAUGAAUCGACGUCCGCAAAUCUUGUAGAAAAACUUAUUAAGGGCUGGCACGAGCUCGACCAAGCCACCGCCGUGGAAAUUGUAGCGGUCAUCGAGGCGGCCAAACAAGAUCCCGAAACGGUUGUGCUGGUCCGACGACUGAACAAUGGAGGCGGAAAAGAUUCCUUACAAUCUCUGAAGAACGACUUACCCAAGCAACAAAUCGUACGAUUAUUGGCCAGAAGCUUGGAGGAGAUGAAGGCUGCGGAGAUUUUGUUUCGAGACCCUCGCAGGGCCUAUGAGGAAAUGGAAAAAGAGGGAUUGAUACCGGCCGAUAUGAAGUCGGUCUAUAAGAGAGAUCCUACGCUCCUGGCCGACAACAAAAAGAAGAGUCUCUACUUUAGUUUCGUCACCAUGGCCUCAACCGGGGGCUUCAUGUAGAAAGAAGAAAACUUGUGGUCGAGCGAAAAACCUUUAGGAUUCAAAGUUUCGCAUCACAAACAACUCAUGCUGUAUUAACUGAAGCAACAACACC